UUCUUCCUCCGCCCGCGGCUGAGCGCCGGCUCGGGGCCCCAAGUCCGCCCGCGCCCCCGCGCGCGGCCCCGAGGCCCUCGGAGCUGGCGGCUCAACUAGACCGGACGGAUGUGGCGCAUGCGUGGUGGCGCCACCCGGCGCGGGAGCUGCGGCGGGGACGGCGGCGGGAACCGCGGAGAGUUGGGCCGCCUGGGCCGGGCCCGUGAGGGCGGCGGUGGCGGCGGCGGCGUGGGUUGGCGAGGCCGCGCGGGCGGGGCCCGGCGACAGCUGGAGGAGCGCUUCGCCGACCUGGCGGCCAGCCACCUCGAGGCCCUGCGCGCGCGCGACGAGCGGGACCGGCAGAACGCGCGGCUGCGCGACGAGAACGCCCGCCUGCGGCUGGAGAACCGGCGGCUGAAGCGCGAGAACCGCAGCCUCUUCCGCCAGGCUCUGCGGCUGCCCGGCGACAGCGGCCAGCGGGAGGCCGCCGACGCGACCCUCGGCCCGGACGAGCCCGCCACCGACCGCAGGGCGAGAGGCGGCGGCGGCGGCGGCGGCGGGGAGGACGAGCCGGGCAGCCCCAGGGCGCUGCGGGCCCGGCUCGAGAAGUUGGAGGUCAUGUACCGCCGGGCCCUGCUGCAGCUGCACCUGGAGCAGCAGGGCGGCGCGAGCCCGCCGGAAGACAGGGACGAGCGCUCGCUCCGGGAAACUGCCGCCGGCCUGUGCGCCCAUGACCCGGAUGUCCCCGGGCCCUGGCUGUAGCCGGAGGGCCCGGCGGGAGGGGUGGGGCCCGCGCGCGCCCCGCCCCCUCGGCGCUCAGCGCCCCGCCCCUCUCAGCACGCGGAAGCUCAGGAUUGGUGCUCCCGGGACUCCCGCCCCACCCAUGGGCACUUCCGGGUGCCACCUUCGUUGGCCCUGGGGGGUGGAGAGGAGCCAGAACUUCCUAAUUAUGGAAUGUGCAGAGCAGCUGCCAAGGACCCUGCUAGUUUCUUGAGGAGAGAGAGGCCUAGCUACUCUAGGGCCGGCUUUAAAACAGCAAGAACUGGGUACCUAGCAGCACCUCCUAAGUUCUUGAAGUUUUUAAAGUGUUGUAAGGACCAGUUGUGUAUCUUUUCCUCCCUCUGUUUUUGAUUCUUUGAAGGAUGAAGUGUAUUCAAGCCUGUUCAUCCUUUCGUUCCCUAAAUCUGCUGUUAUCUCUUUUGCGACCAACAUGUUUUAUAAAUUGGUAUUACUUGGAUAUCCCAUCUUCUUUACACCUUUUUAUGAAGAAGAAAAUAUUUAUAACUGCCCGUUACUCCAAUUCACAUAUGUUUAAUAUAUUCUGGUGUGCUGACCUCCAGAGAUUUUUUUUUUUAGAGUAUCUUCUGACAGGUGAUCAUUUGAGUUGAUAAAUAAAAACUGGUGCAUUAAAA